AUGGACAACAUGAACAUGCAGAACGCUCCUCCGCCGCCGCCGCUCGGUGGAGGCCAGAUGCCUCCGCCCAUCCCUCAAUUGCCCCCGCAAAUGUUCACUACAGCAGCACAACUGCUUGACUUGACCGACAAGAAGCUCAUGGUGUCACUUCGCGACGGCAGGAAACUGAUUGGCGUUUUGAGGAGUUGGGACCAAUUCGGAAACCUCGUUCUCCAGGACACAGUGGAACGCCUUUUCGCCCAGAACCUCUAUGCCGAUGUCGACCGUGGUCUCUUCCUUGUCAGAGGAGAGAACGUCCUGUUGCUCGGCGAAAUCGAUCUGGACAGAGACGACUACGUUCCCCCUCCAUUCCAACAAGCUCCCGUCGACCAAGUUUUUGAGCUACACAAGCAAGAGCAGGCCCAAAAGAAGAAGCAGGAGAAGACCAGACAUAAGAAGUUGGCCGCUUACGGUUUCGAGGGCGAGCACUCAGGAGAGGCUAUUCUGUGA